AUGGCCGCGCUCUGCGUGCCCAUGACCUGCGUCUGCGCCUUCCGGAGCCUCUUCUGCGAGGACUACGCGACGCGCGACGUCUGGUACGACAGCCCCUUGAACUCCAUCCUGCUCCACCGGCUCCUCUCCGUCUGCUCGGAGCUGUCCUGGAUCGGCCAGGUCGCGCUCGCCUUCGGCGCCGUCGGCGGCGACCUGCCCUCCGGCGGCGCGUGGUUCAAGCGCGCGGCGGGCUUCCUCUGGGCCUGCAUCGUCGUCGCGGAAUGCUGCUCGUGCGCGGGCACGGUGACGACGGACCGCCUCUUCUUCCUGGGGGAGGAGGGCUCCUGGGUCGUCGGCUUCACGGUGUUCCUCCCCUUCGCCCUGGCGCUGGCCCGGCGGAUCCCCGGCGACGACGACUCCUGGAAAGCGGCGCGGCGCUUCGCGCGCGUCCUCGCGGUCUGCGUCUGCUGCUACGUGCCCUGGGGCUGGCUCAGCGACGUGCCGUCGAACUACGAGGCCUGGCGCAAGGACCAGGCCGCGGGGAAGCGGUACUUCGGCUUCUGGGACGGCCUCGAGGACGCCGCCACGACGCGCCGCGAGACGCGCGCGUGGGACGCGUGGGGCCACAAGCUCCUCUGGAUGACCGCCUACUUCACCCUCGGCGUCUGGAGCUCCAUCGCCCUCGUCUCCGCGCCGCGCAAGCGCUCCGACAAGCGCAUCCCCCUCCUCGCGCGCGAGUUGUCCGUGUCGAUCUGCUAA